UUCAAAACGAGAUUGAACCUCCACAAUAUUACAAACUACAAGGAAUAAUAUAAGUCGAUAGAUCUAUCCUUAUUACUGAAGGCUAAAGAUGUUACUGUGACCUUGCAGACGUAGUAACUGAUUAAACGCAUGUUUAAAUAUGGAUUUUGUUCCAGAUGACAUAUUGAAAGAGUUUCCUCAAGAAAACGAAAGUCAGCUUUGGGAAUAAUUAAGUAUAGUUCGAUUGAGUUUUUAGGGCACCUCAUAGAUCCCAAAACAAGGGUGAAGUUUGGGAACAGCAUUUCAGCUGAAAAAAUUCCACGGUCUAAAAAAGUGACAUGGACUAAAACUGAGGGAUCAUAUGAAAUCGCAUUGAAUUACGAGACUUCAUUCAGGCAAGCUCUACACUCAUAUGAUAUUUUCUCAGGAGCAUUAUUGCUUCUAAGCAAAGGUCUCACACAAAGUAUGUUUGCCACAGCUUUGUAACGCAAUGCUAUCAGCGAUAGGAGUUAUGUUGUAUAUUUGUCUAAAAAACUCGCCGAUAUCGUUCAGAAUUCGCAUAUAGGAGAACUUUCACCUGUUGAAAGUGCAGAACAACUUCAGGAGUUUAAAGAAGCUAGUCACACGGCAUUAAAGAGUAUUCAAAACAUUUUCCGAGAGGCAAUAACUCAGGUCUGUCUAUCAAGAUAAAUCCCCAUUUAAGUAGAUACGCCCUGAAGAAAGUCAUCGCAGGGCAUUGCUUCUUAGCCUGUCAGAUAGGUACGAAAAUAUUUUCAAUAACUUAAUUGAUGCUUGUGAGAAUCUAUAUUCAGCUGUAAUCUCUGGGAGAAAAGAUCUUUGCAUGAUAAACGUAGAGGGUCUGCGUAACAAAAAGAAAUUGGAGGACUGUUUGAAGUGUCUCACUGACGCGAGUUUAAGCAAUGAAAAACUUCAAUCAUCUAUCAAAAAUCUGAAUUCAGAGAUAAUGCAAGCUAUUUCAUCUACAAAGGCAAAUGAAGACGAAGUGUUCAAUGUUCAUAACUUAUAUAAACUUCAGCUUCAAAGAACUGAGAGUGAUCAAAGAGUACUUGCAGAAGAAAGUUGUCAUUGCUUUAAUAUGGCUCUUAACUUAAUAAAGUUGUUUUGUGAUAGAAACAUGGUGACUAUUAUAGAUCAUCUCCAAAUGUCCAAAGAUAAGUGGUUAACUAUGUAUGAUCGAUCAUUUCUGUUGAUGAGAAAAUUAAUAACACAAUUAUUUGAAACAUUGGCAGCGUGUUCAGAAGGGAUUAUGCGCUUUUCUGAAUGUCUGGAAUACUUAUUUAUGUCAUCUAAGUAUCAUUUGGAUGACUUGUUGAAAAAAACUGAAAAAUUAGAAAUUUAUCUACAUCCAACGUUUGAGGAUAACGUAAAAAAUAGAAGUCCAGAAUAUACAACGCGUGCUACCAUUCUACUGACUGAUAUUCUAGAAACAGCACAAAAAUUGUUAAACAACAUAGAUAAAUUGUGGACAAUGAAAAAAUGUGAAUUAAUUAAUCAAAUUGGUUUGAAUACAUGCCAAUAUGAUAGAACUGAUAUAAAUGAAAUAAAAGAUAAUGAUGAAACUAUUAAAGAUAAUGAUGAAAAUUUUAAACAAAAUCAAACAAUAAAUAAUAAAAUAUUUAAACAUGGAACUUUUAUUUCAAAUGUAAGAUUAAAUUGUAGUUCACAAAAUAUUGCACAACCAAAAUUUUAUAAACAACUAUUUAAAAUAUUAAAAGCUGAAUUAAAUUUAUCUGAUUUAAAAUUACUACUUAAAUCAGCAACAGAUGAAUUUCAUGAAUUAUUUGUAUUUAUGAAAGAAAAUUUAAAUGAUCAACAAUCAUCAGGAUUAUUUAAUUGGUUGAAUUUAACAAAUAAUAUCAAUGAUUUAGAAGAUGUACUUUGUAGAUUAUCAAGUAUACUGACAAUUCAAGAACGUAAUUUAAUCAAACUAAUCGAUUUAAAUGACUUAGGCAUAUCAACUUUUGUUCAUAUGAUUGAAAAACUUAAAGAUAAUUUAAACAAUGGACAAGAGGAAGAAGGACCACUUUUCGACUUAAACGAAUUACGAGAGAGAUUCAAAAAAUGGAAAGAUUUAAUGAAACUAGAUGACUGCGAUCCUUUUCAAUCGAAUUCCGUUGUGGAUAAAUUAUCUGUAGAUGGAGAAGAAGACAGAGAUAAAAAUGAUAAAUUUAAUCAAACAAAGUUAACUAUUCAAUUAAAUGAUCAAUCUACAUUAAAGUUAAUUAUAAAUAUGCAACAAAUUUUAAAUCAAAGAUUAUGUGAAUUAAAUUUAAAUUUAGUCAAUAAUGUUAAUAAAAUUGAUAUGAAACGAUCAAUAGUAUGUCAAUUAACUACCGAAUGGUUAUCUAGUUUAGUUAUAUGGGUUUGUUUAAGAAAUUGUAAUUCUGAACAACAGGCAUUAUUUGAAAAAAUUUAUAAUUAUAAAUUGAAUAAUUCAAAUAAUCUAGAAACUAAUUCAUCAAAACAAAUAUGUUUACAUCAAAUGGAUAGAAUUGAAGCAAUUGAACAUAAUACAAUGGGAAUGAAUAAUGAAGAUACUGUUAUAAAUACUGGUUUUAAUGAGAAUGAUGAUAUUAUAUCCAAUGAGAAUAAAUAUUAUAAUGAAACUGGUAUUGAUAAUGAUGAUGAUGCUGAAUGGAUUACUUCAUGUUUCAAAGAAUCUUAUCAAGAUUUGCAAAAUCAUUUAAAUGAUUUCAAAACAAAAUCUAAAUUAGAAGAUGUUAUUCGUCAAUUAAUCAUUGAACUUGAUGAUAUUUCUACGAAUUUGAAUAUAAAUACUUGUCUAACUAAAUAUUUCAAGAAUCAAAUAGAUUUCGAAAUAUGGGAACAACAAAGAAACGAACUAAAUUUGGCCAAACAGGAAUUCAUUCAAGCUUGGAAUAAUUUACUCAAUGAAAUAUAUCAAAAUCAUUCUGAUGAACAUUCAGAAAAUGCAAAGACAGACUUUUCGAAAGGGCACAAUAAGGAGGAGCAUGAAGUUUCGAAAUCCAAUGUCAAUAACAAUCUGAACUAUUUACACGAAUCCAAUCAGGAUGGAUUCUUCUGUACUGAUUCAAUUGAUUAUAUCAACAGACAAAUGGAAGCAGCAUCAGAACGUCAGAAGGCUUCUUUCAUAAAACGUAAAAAUCUCGAAGAUGCGAUACAACAAAAACAAGAACUAAAGGAUAAACUCGAGAAAGAAAUAGAAGAUAUCGAUCAAAAGUUGGUUGAACUUCGUAGAACAUUAGGUGAUGCAUUUGAAAGUAUGCAAUUAGAAGUUCAACACGGAAAAUCUUAAAAAACUACAAUACAGAAUAUUUCUUUUAUAUAUAUAUAUAAUUAGCAGAUUAAUUUAUUGUUUUCAUGUUUUGUAAUUGUUACGUCCGAUAAAUACAUUCAUUAAAAAAAGCAAAGUGGCGAAC